AUGCCGUCGCCUUACUUCGUUCCUCCGCCAGACUAUGACGGCGCAAAUGCUCCAAAUCCAGAUCCAUUCGUUCCUACGCCAGACUACUACCAAACUCUCAAAGGAUACCGCAGACAAGCGUAUUCCGAUCAGCAAGACUUUAUUGAGAGAGAGCCUGAAGAGUUCGUGGUGAAAAAGUAUCCUCCAAAACUACCACCAAGGCUGAAUCGCCAGACGCCGAAAUUAGUUCGAGAAGAGCCAGAAGUAAUUCCCAAACCCGUCGAGCCAGAGAGACGGGAGAUAGCUCCUCCGCAGGUUCCAAAGAAAAACUUUAUCUCAUCACCAAGGAUUGAGGAAAUGGUUUAGAUUUGAAAAAUAUCAAUCAUUCAUUGUCAGUUUUCAGCCUCCCAUGAUCAAGACACACUCAUACAAAGAAGACCGCGUAGAAGACGUGCCGAUGUACGCAAGAUCGACAAGGUCGCACAUCCGAAACAUCGGAGUCGCUGUCCUGCCGGGCAUUGAACGCAAUGUCUACAAAUCGGAUUUCGCUGGAGGUUAGAGAUAUUGCCUUUUUGUUGGGACGUUUUGGAAUUUCAUUGAGGUCUCUUCAACCCGUUCUGAUUAAAUUUUUGACUAUGAGAAACUAAUUUUUGAAGUUUUUUUGAUUAUCGUUCUUUUGCCAAGAAAACUCGGCAAAAAUCCGCCUUUCAAAGUUUUUUUCAGAACUUAAAAUUUCAUAUGACCUUAUCUUUUUUUAUCACUUGAAUAUUAUGAUUUUUUUAUUGACUUCCGUUCAAAAAUGUCAAUCAUUUUUCGAGUUGAGGCUGUCACGUUGACAGUUUUGAAUUUACAACCACCCUUCUUUGGCUCUGUGAAAAAGGAUCGUAUGAUAAUUAGAAUAAAUGAUAAACAAAAAAAUUUAGUCAGUGACUUCUAUUUUUUUCCCACAAAAAAAUCAACUAGUUAGUAAAUACUGCUUGGAAUAGUCGUCGACGAUAAGAAAGUCGAUUGAUUACUUCUUUAAAAACUCUUUGCAAGAUUUUCUGUCAUUUUUGAUCUUUUGUUUGCAUGAUCAUCUUUUUUCACACUCAACUUGGAAAUUUUAUUGUUUAAUUCAUAUCUCCUCCAAGAAAUGUCAUUUCGGCGAAAAUCUUUGAUCAUAGCGCGCCGUGACAUGAUUCCGACUUUUUGCUCGUGAGUGAAAUGUCGUAAAGGCGAAUUCCAAUUGAUAAUGAGUUGAGCGGCGACAACAUGGCGUCGCUUUGUUGCAAUUGCCGAUACAAGUGGGCGAUUUCGAUCAGUGUACCCAUCAACAAAGUUUCUGGAUCAAAGUAUCUGAUUUCGAUUUUGAAAAGGGCUUCGUGGUACCGAAAUAUGAAAAUUAGUGGAGAGAUCCCUUCAUCUUCAAAAGAAAAUACGGGUUUUCAAAUCUUCAAUUUAAAUAGACUGGCAGAUCAUCAUUAGGAGAAAGUUAUUGCGCAAUGAAAAGGUCAUUCAUUAUCUUUUCUGUCAUCAUGGAAUGCAUUAUGAAAAAGCUUGGACAAACAAAAAAAAAGGGCGUAAAUGAUAAAGUUCGAAAGAAUGACGUCUCAAACAUUUACAGCCGCGCCAAUAUCAGCUGAACAAAACAAGGCCUUCCAAAAACAUCUGGAGAAUCACCGAAAUUUCGACACAAUGAAAAGUCUUCGUGGCAUUUCCGAUUGUCCUAUCUGUCAGAUGAUGAGCAAGCAGCUCGGCUUUGAACUUCCAAAUGCUUCAAGACCACGCUUGGAUGCGAUGUGAUUUUUCAUUAUCCAAACUCCAAUCACAGCUAAUUUAUAGACCUGACGAAGAAGAAGCUCCUGCUCUGUCUUCCGGUCCUCAUGGUUCGCGUAGGAGAGGAGACGUGUAAGUUCUUCCAACUGAUCAACAAAUAACUUUUUGAAUCAAUGAUAAUCUACUGAUAAGCUCUGUGAAUUUUCUCAUGAUGAAACUUGAUAAAUUACUUCUCUGAGAAAAUAUCCAGGUUUUUAUUUUUUCAGAAGGAACCUAUUCAAUGCUCCAGAAGAACCACCAGAGCCCGCUCCUACGACAUCUCCCAUGACCGCAAGAGUCAAGUACGACUACGAAAAAAAGCGAGAAGGCGAAAUCAGUGUAGUCCAAAUGGAACCCGUCGAGGUAAACUUCCUAUCUUUAAAGUUCGAUGUGAGAUGAAAUAAGCUUCUUAUUGAGAACAUAACUCGUGUAACUUGUCUUUCGUAAUUUUUCUUAUCAUUUCGUCGUAUCAUAGCAUGAGGGUCGAAAGAACUUAUCGGUAUCCGAAAUCAGAGCAUGUGACCAAAUAGCCCAAUUUAAAUAACUGUUGUUCAGAUACUGGAAAUGCAACAAGGUUACGUGCUCUGCAGAAAAUCGGACGGCUCAAUCGGAUGGCUCCUCGCUGAGAUUCUUGGCGUUUAA